GCACCGCGUGAAGAUGGACUGUCCGGGUGCAGUUCUGUGACGUCCCCUGCGCCCAGUGUUCGCAGGAGGGUCACAGGCAGCGCCAGGAACCGGUUGCCAUACGUAGAAAUUCUCGCGGUGUCUCCAAGAGGAGCGCCCACAGCCGCUGCACACAGCCGUGAUGGAGUCAUUGAUUAAGGCAAUUUGGCAAUUCCUUUUGAAAUAGGAAAGCAAAAAUGAUAUUUACCACCUUGCAGCGUAGACAGCAAGUGCCGAGAGAUGUCCUAGAAGAACACGUGGAUUAGAAUCUUAAGAUCGACGCUCCGGCUAAUCAGUGCCUUAUGUCAGGGCUUGCAAACCUCUCCCCACUCCACCCAAGCUCAAGGUUAUGGAGUCUAGUUAAGAAUGGCCAUUAUAAAAGUGCCCUUGAAGUGCCCUGGUUAAGACUUUUAAGCCGUUUUCUUACAAUAAUUCGGCCUAGGGAACCACCAAUACAGGACCAUGGAAGUCCACGAACUGUUCCGGUAUUUUCGAAUACCAGAGUUGAUUGACAUCCGGCAGUACGUGCGCACCCUUCCAACCAACACACUCAUGGGCUUUGGAGCUUUUGCGGCACUCACCACUUUCUGGUACGCCACGAGGCCCAAAGCCCUGAAGCCACCAUGUGACCUCUCCAUGCAGUCAGUGGAAGUAGCGGGAACUGAUGGCGCUCGGAGAUCUGCUAUCCUUGACAGUGACGAGCUCUUGGUGUGCUACUAUGAUGACGUCAGGACGUUAUAUGAAGGUUUUCAGAGGGGCAUUCAUGUGUCAAACAACGGCCCUUGUUUAGGUUCUCGGAAACCAGGCCAGCCCUAUGAAUGGAUUUCCUACAAACAGGUCGCUGAACUGGCUGAGUGCAUAGGCUCCGCAUUGAUCCAGAAGGGCUUCAAGGCCUGCCCAGAGCAGUUCAUUGGCAUCUUUGCUCAAAACAGACCCGAGUGGGUGAUCAUUGAACAAGCAUGCUUCACUUAUUCAAUGGUGAUCGUUCCACUUUAUGAUACCCUUGGAACUGAUGCCAUCACCCACAUAGUCAACAAAGCUGAACUUUCUGUGAUUUUUGCUGAUAAGUUAGAGAAAGCCAUGGUGUUAUUAGAAGGUGUAGAAAAUAAGUUAACACCAGGCCUUAAGAUCGUAGUUCUCAUGGACCCUUUCAGCAGUGAUCUCGUGGAGCGCGGCAAGAAGUGUGGUGUGGAAGUCAUCAGCCUAAAGGCUCUCGAGGACCUGGGAAGAGUGAACAGAAAGAAGCCCAAGCCUCCAGCACCUGAAGAUCUUGCAAUAAUUUGUUUCACAAGUGGAACUACAGGCAGCCCCAAAGGAGCAUUGAUCACUCACCGAAAUAUUGUGAGCGAUUGUGCAGCUUUUGUGAAAGCAACAGAGACGGCAGUCAACCCUUCCCCAGAUGAUACUUUGAUAUCCUUCUUGCCUCUCGCCCAUAUGUUUGAGACGAUUGUAGAGUGUGUAAUGCUAUGUCAUGGAGCUAAGAUAGGAUUCUUCCAAGGAGAUAUCAGGCUGCUGAUGGAAGACCUCCAGGUGCUUCAGCCCACCAUCUUCCCUGUGGUUCCCAGACUGUUGAACCGGAUGUUUGACAGAAUUUUUGGACAAGCCAACACUACGCUGAAGCGAUGGCUGUUGGACUUUGCCUCCAAGAGAAAAGAAGCCGAGCUUCGCAGUGGUAUCAUUCGAAACAACAGCCUGUGGGACAAACUCAUCUUCCACAAGAUACAGUCGAGCCUGGGCGGGAAAGUCCGACUGAUGAUCACCGGAGCAGCGCCAGUUUCUGCCACCGUUCUGACAUUUCUGAGAACAGCACUUGGCUGUCAGUUCUAUGAAGGCUAUGGACAGACUGAGUGCACUGCUGGUUGCUGCCUGAGCUUGCCUGGAGACUGGACGGCAGGCCAUGUUGGUGCCCCCAUGCCUUGCAAUUAUAUAAAACUUGUUGAUGUGGAAGAAAUGAAUUACAUGGCUGCCAAGGGCGAGGGCGAGGUGUGUGUUAAAGGGCCAAAUGUGUUUAAAGGCUACUUGAAAGACCCAGCAAAAACAGCAGAAGCACUGGAUAAAGAUGGCUGGUUACACACAGGGGACAUUGGAAAAUGGCUGCCAAAUGGCACCUUGAAGAUUAUUGACAGGAAAAAGCACAUAUUUAAACUAGCCCAAGGAGAAUACAUAGCACCAGAAAAGAUUGAAAAUGUCUAUCUGCGAAGUGAAGCUGUGGCUCAGGUGUUUGUCCAUGGAGAAAGCUUGCAGGCAUUUCUCAUAGCAAUUGUAGUACCAGAUGCGGAGAACAUAAUUCCCUGGGCUGAGAAGAGGGGAUUUCAAGGAUCCUUUGAGGAGCUGUGCAGAAACAAGGAUGUCCAGAAAGCUAUCCUGGAAGACAUGGUGAGACUUGGGAAGGAUGCUGGUCUGAAGCCAUUUGAACAGGUCAAAGGCAUUGCUAUACACAAUGAAUUAUUUUCUGUUGAUAAUGGCCUUCUGACUCCAACAAUGAAGGCAAAAAGGCCAGAGCUACGGAACUAUUUUAGGUCACAGAUAGAUGAACUUUAUUCCACCAUCAAGAUUUAAUGAGGAAGAAAACUCAGAAGAAAUGGCGCACCUCCAUAAUCCCUCCUUGACCAAUGGCCUUCCCAUUGGUAACUUUGCCUGCAGCAAGCAUAGAGAAGGAAACAGCCAUGUUUGACUUGUCCACUGGGGUCUUACCAUAGGAACAUUAGAGGAAACAGACACUGCCUUACAGUCACCUCGUGUUGCAGGCCAUGGACAUGGUGAUGCACAAUUUCCAAAAUGAGCCUUAAAAAUUGUAAAGGGGAAACUAUACAAGUGCUAAGUUAUUUAAGACUUCCUCAGUCAAUAAGAUGGGUGUUAAAACUCCUGUCUCCGUGUUUUUCUAAACAAGGGGUUAGGACCUUGCUCUUUCUGAUGUGUAUCUGCUACUUGCUGCAUGUUCUGGAGCUGUCUGCUGCUCUGAAGAGUACAGUGCACUGGAGGGAAGCUGUCCCUUUAAGAACCAGAACAGCUGUCCAGGCUGGAGAAAGUCACAAGUGGACCAGAGAUUUUUAUUUUUAAACCCCUGCUACCUCCCCUUCCCCACCUCAACAUACAGUAUACUCAUACAACCCUUCUGAUAUGUAAGGGUUCCGAAUGGUCUCUAUUGUUCUUGCUGGGACAUAAGGUUUCCAAUAAACCAAAGGAAAGAUCCUCCUUAGCCCAAUGCUGGUGCCCUGUCUCAGAAAAAAAUGGCGGCUCACCAGUCAGCACCUUCUUGCUUACACAGCAGGAUGCUCUCGGACUCUCUUCCAGAUCUGGUUCCCUCUCUUACCCUUCCCAGGGGUUAUAGAAGAUCCUGCCUUAGAUUCUGCAGUGAAGACAGCAUUUCAAGAAGAAAUGACCCAGGUCAGCCAUGCACAACUGUGAUGCCUCAGCCACUGUCCACCUGCUGUCCACUGAACCAGCAGCUCCCCGUCUGUAACAGCCAAUGGGCUCCGAAUGUGUGGUUUCCCUAUUAAAUGAUGUGGUGAUUAACUUGCUUUUUAAACUCAGGCAAAGCAUGUCUUCAAAAAUAUUAAGGGAGUUGAUAUACAUGGGUACUUGUUGAAAUGGGCAGUAAUAAGUAAAUGUUCUUUUAUCAUAAAACUACCUAAUUUCUAUGAAAUGCAUUUGACAAGCCAGGAUGUAGAAAUCUGGGGGGAAAAUAUCCUGGGAUUAAUUUCUCAAGGGAUUUUUUUAAGUUAAUUUGGGAAAUUAGAAGCAUUUCACUUUAUUGAAAGUCUUUGCCACAUUUGACUGAAUUACGCUGUCGUUUAUACAUUCAAAGCCACUGUUGUAGGAUACAUGACAGUACGUGGAUUGAAGUACAACAGGGUCUGCACUAAAGAACUGUUGUUGUAAUAACACUAUUUGGUAGCCUACCUUCAUAUUGUAUUCUUAAUUGCACAGGAAGUUAAUAAUUUGUCACAGCGGGGUUUUGAAUGUUUGUUUUCAGUGCUGGCUAUUUCUAUGUUUUAUAAACCAAAACAGAAUUUCCAAAAACAAUGAAGGAAACCAAAAUAAAUAUUUCUGCAUUUCGA